GUGGUGAGUCCAGCGGUCUGUCAUCCACACCAGGGACACGAGUCCAUCGGUCUGUCAUCCACACCAGGGACACGAGUCCAUCGGUCUGUCAUCCACACCAGGGACACGAGUCCAUCGGUCUGUCAUCCACACCAGGGACACGAGUCCAGGCUAUGAGUUGAUCAGGAGUUCAGCGCUCGUCUUUCAAGGCUUCUGCUACUUCAAUGUUUCCUUGCCUUAAAAUGAUAUUGCAUGCCGGGAAAGAAUAAACCUGUCCUUGUGGAAACAAGACUUAAUUACCUCCUCGCACCUGAAUGUUAUCCAAUCAAGAAUGUAUAGGUGUGUGUGUGUGUGUUCAUAUCCGACUAGAAGUGAGGCAGGACAGAAACAAUCCUUGAACACAAUUGUUUUCUAAAGUAGUUAGAUUAUACAACGACCACUAAAUAGUUUGACUGUACUCCUAAGUUUACUUCAGCGUACAGCAUGACGCUAAAAGCAAAGCAAGUAGAUAUUGAAAUAUAUAAGUUUAAUUUAGAAACUGCAGGCAUACAUAAUGGUAAUGACUACAAAGCAAGUAGAUCUAUUGAGAGCUAUAGUCAGUGGCGAUACAUGAAUCAUGUGAACAGUGUGUUUUUUCUCUCUUCAAUUCUGGCCUCAUGGGAAAAACUUUUCCAGUGAACAAUGAACUGAAGGGACUUACCUGACAUUUUAAUGGAUGUCAAUCUUCUAUAGUGUGUACUGUGUACAACUCCGUUAAGGCUUAUAGUUCUGUACAUUAAUCAGAUAAUAGUCAAAGCCUUGGCUGAAUAUUAAAGCAAGACAUUUUGUUCGUGCCCAUGACAUUCAGUGUCACUUUCGAAACAUUAUUUGAGAGUUAAACAUACAACGAAGUGUUGGUAUUUCAUGCUAGUCACUGACUAAGUCGAUGGAUCUAGAGACUACAAUGGACUGUUGGUAUUUCAUGCUAGUCGCUGACUAAGUCGAUGGAUCUAGAGACUACAAUGGACUGUUGGUAUUUCAUGCUAGUCACUGACUAAGUCGAUGGAUCUAGAGACUACAAUGGACUGUUGGUAUUUCAUGCUAGUCGCUGACUAAGUCGAUGGAUCUAGAGACUACAAUGGACUGUUGGUAUUUCAUGCUAGUCACUGACUAAGUCGAUGGAUCUAGAGACUACAAUGGACUGUUGGUAUUUCAUGUAAUAGUCAACUCACUCUUCCUGUCUGGUAAAAACUUUGAACGUUAUUUCUUCCAGACCCUUUCUUGGCUCAAGUCUUCGUAUGAUAACUGACAUAUGAAGAUUUAUUUCAGUGUAUCAGUCCUCUCUGCAGUGUAAUAGGACGGGAAGUGACUUAUUCCAUAUGCCAGGACAAAUUCAUACAUGCUCUCCUUCUUCCCUAUUGCCAUUAGAGCGUAUAGCGUGUUGCCUGAAUCAGCCAGGAAAGCCAGUUAUCUUCUGUUUUGAAGGAGCAUCUGCAAUUUAUAAGAAAAGAAAAACAAUGUGUGGGUCCUCAAACUCUGAUCUCUGGUGACACCAAGAAACAAGAGAAACUAUCUUGUCCUUGGAACGUGAGGGUCACGAAGUCAACACUGUUAGCAACAGCUGCGAACACGUGACCACACGAGCGCCAAGGGUAGAUGCCUUCACCUACUCCACGCUUGGCUAGCAUAACGCUAGUAUUGCUAAGUCAGAGUGAACAGGGGGGAAAAAGCGUCGUCUAAAAACGUUUUGGACAGCUUGGUCUGAUGGCGAGGCCAAUUUAUCCGUACCCCAUAACAAGAUUACAGUCAAUCCUGGCGUUAACGGGGCCCCGUCAGUCACCGAGACAAUGUUGACCUCUUGCUGACAUGUUCUUGUCAGGAAAGGGAGAUAACCCCACCCUUAUACUUUCUUCAUUCUUUCAUAUCCUCCUUGAUUUAUUUCUACCUCGUCAGACUUGAAGCGCUCUUUUUCAAUUCUCUCUCCCUUCUUUUAUUUUUAUAUUAGGAGAAAGUCAAAACGUCUUUCUUCCACAUUACCUCCCUUUUCUUUUCCCUUUUCUUUUUACCUGAGAUCUCUGCCAUGUAGCGAUUAGAUCAGGGGAAGUAAGUCACAUUGCAGCAGGCGGAGACAACACACACGUGCCAGCUAGGUCUUAAAACACUAGCAGUGAACUCGAGUUGUAUUAACAGAAGAACACAAGAUACAGUUAUUAUUAUGUUAGUAAGAGUGAAUUCCUCAUGAAGGCAUAGAGGCUACGCUGUCACGUAAGACAACAUCUUCUAUAUCUACUUUUCGUAUUUCUGUAAUAUCAGUGUUCCUAAUAGAGAUGUUCUUAGACACGCUUAGUGGAGUUAGUCCAGUACAAGUUAGCAGGCAGCUAUUAACACCGACAUAUAUUUAGAUACGAUUUUCUGACGAAGAAAGAUGAACUUGUUAUCUAGAGGAGACAAAUUCACACAAAAGCAAACCUCGCCCACCCCCCUGCUGUUUCACUGCUUGUACUACGUGUGUGUGUGUGUUUGAUUGUUACUAUUCUGGAAAGGAUAUAAAUUAUACUGCGUCUUUCCUUGUUACACGGGCGAGUCAUUAAGCCAGCAGGCGAUUCAGUGGAGCACAUGUCUUCAGGAUAACACAAGUAUCAAACGAUUGGAUUGAUGGCUCAAGUACAUAGGAAUUCACGCCAAAUGUGUCUCGAGAGUGAGUGUCUCGCUUAAACCAAGUACCGAUAAUUUCUAAAUAUUUUUUUUUUUGUAGUUCUUUUUAGUUCGCAAGGAUUACUUUCGAAAGAGGAUUUACUUCUAGGAUUAAUAAGUGCAACUUUUGAGAUGGGAUCUUCUAGCUCCAAAUAUCGCACUGGUGCGAGCACUACCGGGUCAUCAGCAGAGGAACAGUCCAGCAAAGACAUGGACGGACCAAGUUUCUACUGCGCUUACCUCAACUUCAGUCCCAUCUCUAAACCUCCCACAAAUUUGAACGCCCUCCAGAGCCCUAUAAAGGAGUUGUACUUCAAAUACCGGAAGUCCCCGACUGGGAGCCGCAGCGCCAGCUUAAAGCUGACACAGAAGGGUGUCUUUGUCAGCAUCUACGAAGACGGCGCCGUCAAAAAUGAGAUCUUCUUCGAGUUCUCUAGCGUGAUCUUUGUGGAGGCGGUCCGUUUCCUGACCGUCAAAACCUCCAGCGAGAAGAAGCCUAAGGCACUAUUUGCUCCAGCGGACGAAAGCAAGGCUCCACUGAGCGACAAACACGCCUUUGCUGUUGAAAAGGCGUUUCACUUUCUCGUCUCAUCGACCCAUCCGCCACUCGUGGUUUGCGUGGUGAGGAGGCCCGCGGGGGUGAAGGCGCUGGACUGCCACGUGUUCGCCUUGGAUACAGUUGAGAAUGCCCUUCAUAUUUCGGCAGUCAUCAGCUCCACACAAAUGCCCAUGUCGCCUUCUGGAAACAGUCGCGGCGAUUUGGCUGACGGCAAGGCCAAAGCCGGAUUCGACCGAGGAGUCCGCGGUGAUGUGAUCAGGACAGAGUACGGAGAAUAUUCCGUCUAUCGGGGCAGCAACGCAUACGAGGGGCCUCCACAGGGUCAGCGCUUCAGCACAGGUGGGCCACCAAUGGGUGGUCCAAUGGGUGGUCAAGUUGGACCACCUUUAGGAGGUCCAGUGGGCCCACCAAUGGGAGGACAAGUUAUGAGCCCUGUGAAAAAUACCCCCAUGGGUCCAGCUAGUGGAAAUAUGCAUGGUGGAAUAAUGCUCACGCAAGAAAACUUUAGAGACCCUACAGUAAUGGGACAACAACAAAUGAUGCACGAAACGGUUCCUGGAUACAUUUAUGAGCAGCAGAAUUUCAGAAACAGGCCGGACGUUAUAAUGCAUGUUAAUCAGCGGUCAGGGGAUGGCAUGGAAAACCCUCCUUACGACAGGGGCUAUCCGUCUCAUACCGGAUCUGACCAAGCUGUCAGAAUGAGGAUGGAUGAUGUUCAGAUGCGUGGUGGGCAGCGAAUCUCCGGUGGUCAGAUACCUGCCAACAACCGCAUUUCCAGUGGAGUAUAUGUCGGUGGUCCUCAGUUCUCUCCAAGAAAUUCUGACGCCCCAACGUCUCCUCCGGUUACCUCCCCCAGAUCAUCUUUAGCCUUUCCCCCGACCAGCCCACGCAUCCACGACUCAGGCCCCGUCUUCUCUGCGUCUAACUUGGAGAGCCGCGUCGUCGAGGAUGACCCUAGAGAUCCCAAUAUGGCUAAACCCGUGGCCAAAGUGCCUCCUCACAUGAAAGGCAUCAAAGUGCUUCCGACAGACUUCAGAGCAGUUAAACUAAAGGCCAAGGCUGACAAGCCCGCCGACUACCUGGAAGAUUCGGGAGGCUACGACAAUAACAAAGAUCUUAUGGACAAGUACAGGGAAGCCAAAGAAAACCAACGAGACUCCAUCUACAACCCAGCUCUGGGGAAAUCCGGUUCCGGAAUGGGCAGCAACUACGGAGACGACGAUGGCUUCAUGAACUUUUCGAACAGGGGUCGUAUUCAGGAGGACAGCCGGGACUUUACCACCAACUGGCAGGAGACCGUCAGGGAGAAGCCACCUGGGGGGCUUAUGGUGGACGACCCUGCCUACCGUCGCAGUAGCCCCGUCCACUACCACCAGUACGAGGACAACAACAAUAAAAACAGGUACAGCAUGCCGGCGGCUUACGGUGACCAGAUGGGGCGGCAGUGGGGGCCCGGACCAAAGUCCUCCCACUCUUCCUAUCAAAUGGACAGCCAGUACCCAGCAGGCCAGGACUCUAUGGAUCAGCUGGCCCGGAUGAAAGACUUAGAGAUAGCCAACAUGUUUUCAAACUACAGGCAACAGCAACAGGGAGGUGUAAGGCCUCCUGGGGACAUGUAUAGGGGAAGGAAUGAAUUCGAGGAAGGAUUGGGAUAUCUUCCUUGAGUGCUGUAUCAACAGCGCGACAUUCAAUUCAUAAACAAAAAAAAUGAAAUGUUCUAAAUGGAUAACUAAAAAUCGUUACAAAUAACUGGAUUUAUAUCUACAAUUUCUUUGAAUAACUGAAUCUACAUAAUAAACGUCAAAAUAGGGUGUACUACUGUAUGGCACCAACUUUCCGGUGUCACUGAUCAAAAGACUACCAUUAUGCAGCCUGCGUGAAUCAAUAUCAUCUUUUAAUUUGGCGGCGCUGUGGCACGGAAAUAGUCACUCUGAAAUUUAGAGACCUGUGUUAUGAGUAAUUUGAGUUAUUAGGUCAAAUUCGUACCAUAAAUAAUGUUAAACAUUCAAGAUGCACAGCUUUGAACUAGGAGUAUAGAGAGUGCACUUACCUAGCAUCAAACAAAUAAAUUUGCCCACACCUAGGUUUCACUUGCCCAUACAAAUUAUACCCAGUUUUAAUGUAGCCGUUUUUCUCAGGCAUUAAAUUAUUUUUUUUUUUUAAAGUCGUAAUCCACUAGUAAUGAAUGCAUUUUAAUCACUACAUUAUAUAUUUAAUAUAAUAUAUUAAUGCAUUUUGGUAGUUGGGCUAGAAUAUUUAUCAUACCUUCCAGUAACAUGAGCUUUGAUAAAGCAAAUAUCGCUACCGAAAAGUAGAAAUAAUACAAUGUUCACUAUAUUACGUAUAAAUAUAAAUGUAUAAAUAUAAAUUUAUAAAUAUAAAAAAAAAACAAGUUAAUCUUAGGGACAAAUUCAUAACUUUAUUUUAAUCAUUAGUGUGUGGCAAAAUAUGUAGGUCGCAGCGGGGACUGCGUAUCCACGUGAAGUACUGUAUUUCCCAACUCCAAUCUAAGUACUCGAAGAAAAGCCUUAUAACUAUUUUUUUUCAUUUUCAAAAAUUAGUAUACAUCUAAAAACAUGAAAUAAAGAGUCUUUCUUUAGUAGUGUCGGGAUGUAGUCUUGCUAGAGGGCGAAUGUAACGUGACAUUCCGCAGUUCUACAAGCAGAAAUUAUGUUGAGUAGUAGAUGCAGUGCCAAUGUCUUUGAGGACUUUUCCAGGGCUGAGAUUUACCUGUAGGAAACCAAGGUAUAGAAUAGGGCCCCAGAGAAAUAUUCCUCACUGACACAUAAUAUGUGGACUUAUAAAGCGCCCCAUAUCUCAAAAAGUUUUUGGCCUAAAUAGGGCGAGGGACUUGUCACCAUUCUAUCGCAUGUUUUUACCGAUAGGAUAUAUUCAGUGUGUAUUCAAUGUCCACAGUCUACAAUCUUUGAGGGAAGGUCUUCUGUAACGUCACUUCGGAAUUUCAACCCAUAGAUUAGUAAAUAGUGCCUAAUAUGUUUCCAGAUCUGGUUAGUUUUGUAUUUAUGAAACGAUUAUCAAACUGUAUUUGUAAUUAGCAACAACUUGCCCACAAUCUUGUCUAGGCUAAAACUUAAGAGGCGGUUUGGAUCUGUUCAUUAUGCAUUUGGAUAGCAACAAAAAACAAGCAAAAUAUUUUUUAAAAAUACUUCUGUACAAACCAAGCUUACAUAAGGGGAAAAACUACACAAUUACUGCCAUAUCUCACAAGAUUCAUCUCCCUUUUUGUAUAUAAGACAAAAUUAGUUAAAAUAAACUAUGUGAUUAAUUUUAUUUUUGAUUGAUUCAUGUGUUGUCAUCGACAUUGUGAAUAAUUGUGAAAGUUUCUACUUGAUCCGAGACUGGGAAGUGUGAGAACUAACGUGUGCAAGAAUUGUACCAGAGUCCGUUGAAAUAAGCUUUGUAAAAAAAAAAAACAGUCACCAAAUCUAGAAAGCAAACUAGUCUCUUAUUUAUAAUUGUUUCGUGGAAGUAAGGACUCAUUAGGUACACUUUUUCUUUUACUGGUUUCUGUUUGCCCUUCCUUCUAUAAGUUCACAGUUUUGACCCAUGGCUUUGCUGAUAAGGCAACAAUAAUAAAUAGGACAUGAAACUAAUGACUGAUAUGUACUUACAAUCCUGUACAUUAAAAUGAUGCCAUAAAUCAAACAUAUAGGAAUUCUAGAUGUCGACAUAUAGGCCUGUUUAAUCAGUACGACUAUAAUGUGAAAUAACUCAAGAGUAGCUAAAAUCGAAAAUACUGUUAUACAUAUACAAGAUAAUCUAGAAUAUAUAAACAUACAAGAUAAGCUAGAAUAUAAUAAACAUACAAGAUAAGCUAGAAUAUAAUAAACAUACAAGAUAAGCUAGAAUAUAAUAACAUACAAGAUAAGCUAGAAUACUAGAAUAUAAUAAGCACAUACAAGCUAAACGAGAAUAUGCAUGGCGCGUAGGACGUAAUCAUCCUUUUUUGAAGUAACGUCUGUAUUAUAUAAGGUAAGAUAAGAAUAUAAUAAACAUACACGCUAGACUAGGAUAUCAUAAAUACAGACUACUUAGGCUCGGCUAUAAUACAUACAGACUACUUAGGCUCGGCUAUAAUACAUACAGACUACUUAGGCUCAGGCUAUAAUACAUACAGACUACUUAGGCUCAGGCUAUAAUACAUAGAGACUAUAUAUACUGAAAUGCAUUCAGCUAACAAAAUAUUUCUAUAAGUAAUAAGUAUUAUAAGUAAUUUAACUAAAUACUAAAAUCACUGCAAAUGACUGUAUCAAAAUGUAGAACUAAGUCAUGACUGGAUGACUUUGAAGUCUUGUUGUUUAUGACAAGCUUAUAUUUGCUAAAUAUUAAUGCUAUUAUUGAUCUUUUUUUUUUUGGAAUCUUAAGUGUAUAAAUGCAUCUUUUCUGUUUAUAGUUUAUAUUUUAUAAAAUAAUCUAGGAAUAAUCCUUUGACAACAUAUUUAUGAUUGUGAUUAUAUCAUUUUUGUGAUUAUAUCUUUUAUGUAUUUUCUUUACAGUGUUCUAUUAUUGUUUGAAAUUAUUGAUUUGGAUUCUGAAGCUUUGCUUCAUUUUGCAUAAUGUUUCUUUUCGCAAUACAUUUUGAAUACAUUUGGUUGUUUUACUUUGUGCCUUUGUGUGUCUUUGCGCCUGUGUGUGGUGUAAAGGUAAUUUGAAUGGGAAACAUCCCUUGUGAGGUGUAAAUAUUUCUCUAAUACAUUAACUGUUCAUUUACUUAUGUACCAUUGUAUUGUUUUAUAAUGCAUCAUUUUCAACAGAUAUUUCAGAAUCUGUAUUGAACUGAAUAACUGAAUUACUAUCAUUGGUUAGGUUGUGUAUGGGGCAAGUAUGCAGGAAAGUGAAUGCAGGGCAUAGAAAGUGAAUGCAGAACAGUUGUUUCUCUUGUCCUCUUGUGUAUAAGUUUAUUACACUACACCUGGCAAUGAUGUUUUGUGUGUGUGUGUGUGUGUGUCCAAAACAGUGAAUUUGUUGGUCAAUGGAGCUUUGGUCUGUUACACCUGAUCAUGAACUUGUUAGUCAUUAGCAAUAGAGAAAAAAAAGUCAAGAAAAAAAGAAAAGAGGCUUCAUUAGCCAGAUUAACGUUUCCUUGUUUAUUACCCCUCUGACCGAAGCAAAAAGCGGAGUAGUUCUUUCAAACAACGCCCAAGCUGGCGCCAAGAAUGCUGUUUAACAUUAGACAAUUUCGAUGACUUACUAUGGUGUAAGAAUGUAGAGUAUUUUGUAGGGUUAAUUAAAAAAAAAACACAUUAACUCAUUCUUCUUUGGGUUUACCUUUCUCUUGAAAGGCAAACAUCAAGCAACUCAGAUUAGACUGUAGAUAUUUUGUAGGGUUAAUAAACAUUAAAACUUUCGGUUAGGGCUUACUGCUCCUGAAAUAAAUAAAAAAAACAUCAAACCAGACCUCAGUCAUGACUAUACUAUACAUUCACUUUCCCCUAUGUGUAUUAUUAGACUUUGAAUAAGACAAGAGCUAGAUCCAGUACUUUAAUUGAUGCAUUCCUUAUUAGCUCAUUAACCAACUUAGAGACGCUCUGGCUUUUACAUGAAAUUUAAUUCACUUGCGUUUAUUGUCCAUGUCCCUUGGACAUUUCUGGCCCACAUAUUGUGAUAUAUUUCCUGGGAUAAUGUUUAUCUUAUUCAAACAUAUCUGAUCUACCAAGUCUUGUUCACUUUCAAUAUUAUCCUUGAAUUCUUUCACUGUAUCCUAUCCAGGGAUAUUUUGUGUCUAUUGUAACCAUCAGUACCAUGCAUUGCUUGUUCUGGACUAAGUCUAUUCUGUUGCAUAAUACAUGAAUCUUGUUGGCAAGGGCAUUGAGCUUACAUGAUUUGUGACAAUACGUUUUCAUAUAGCUGGAUCUAAAGAACAUGUGUGAAUUUUCUUUGAACAGUUAUUUUACUGUAGCAUGAGUCCUUAACAUCUCUUCUAUGAGAUGAUCAAUGUUUAAAGAAACUUGAUUUGUACAGAUUUGUGGUAAAGCGCUUGGGUACUGAAUUGAGGGGUCCCGGGUUUGAACCUUGUGAUGAUGUAGAUUUUUAUCUUAAACUUCCAAUAUAGUAAGAGGGCGCUUUGAGUCCACCCAAUUCUUAUGGGUACUUCACAUACGUUGAAGAAGUAAGGGCGGUUGGUUGUUGUGCUGUCCACAUGAUACCCUUUUAACCGUUGGCCAUAGAAACAGAUGUAUAUCAUCAGUGCCUUUAUAUUGCAAGGUCUGAAAGAAGUACCUUUAUCUUUUAAGUGAAGAUUAGAAAUAAAGGGAAAUGGGGACUAAAGCAAGACCUUUUAAUACCGCAACCCUUCCCAUCCCAACGAUGAUUAUUGUACUGGUUGUAGAAAUAUUAUACUGAAAUAGCCAUAUCCAAAAUGUGCAUGUAUGGGGCAUUCAAGAAAGAAGGGAAAUGAUUUUGUCCCGUGAUUUUGAAGCGAUAUUUGUAAGACACAUUUGAAGCAUUAAUUUUACUGUCUAGUAAUGGACUAGCACUAGUACAUAGUCAAAUUUCAAAUGUUUCACUUUCAGGAAAGCUCGGUAAAAAAAAAAACACUUAGUUUUAGGUAAAUUUAAAUGAUGUGCAUGUUUGGUGGCUUGAGCUUUGAUAUAUCUUCGUUUAUUGCUUCUGACGGGAGAUUUGGACUAGGAAGUAAAUUAUCUUCCAUUCUGAAGUAACAUGUGAAACUCGUCACGUCUUUCAGUCACUUAAUGUACAUUUUUUGUGGUUUGGAGAAAGAGUUUGUUGUUUUCAUCAAAAUAAAAGUUGCUCGCGGUUAAUAUUUUGUAACUGCUGGAGAGUGUUUUGAUUAUGGUCUGUAGAAGAUGAAUAUGAUUGUGACAAUAUAAAUUCGCGUAAUAUUCAGAAGUUUGACAAUAUUUGUUGUUGAAUGACAAUAUUUGUUGUUGAAUGACAAUAUUUGUUGUUGAAUGGUCUGUUUUUUUAGAAAAUGUUUCUCAGAAUUCUUAAUGCUUGUUUCUAUUUCACAGUGUGUGUAUCUUUGUUUUAACAACUCAUACGUAUGUAUGUAUGUGGUAGGCCUAUAUCUUUGCUGUAACAACUCGGGGGAAAUAGUGUUUGAGUUUGUUUCAAUGUUAUUGUCUUCAGACAAAUGUUCUAACACUUUACCAAACUUUAGAAUAAAAUCUUUUUGCCACCAUCCUAAUAACUGCUGAUUAUGUCAAUGUAUAAACAUGAUUUGCUUAUUCUAAUAACUUUGUAUUAUAAUUAAUAAACCAAUUACAAUUUUAA